AAGCUCAGAUUCGGAACAGGCCGUAUCGAAAAGUGAAAGAGCUUUCCUUUCAUAGUAUCUGAAUCGUAGGAAAAUCUGAAAAUUUCUAAUUUGCUUGGAAUUUCUAUCUGGAAGGUAAUCGGCGCGAUUUUUACCUUUGUUGUGUAUUCGCUACUGAAUUUGAGUGGUUUUGAACGAGUUGUGGAAAUCUCUGCAGUGUUUUGGGAAAUACAGUCCAAGCGUUCUUUUUUUCGGAAUUCGUUAUUUCUGCGGAACGGAUGUAAAGUUAUUUGGAAAUUUCGGAAGAGCGCAUAGCAUGAAUUUGUGAAGUUCUAAGUUGUAGAGUUGUUAAAAUAUAAUAAUUGUGUACAGAAGUUUUUAGAUAAUACAGUCUUGGAACUUUCUUUUGGAUCAGUGUUCAGUGUAAAUAAGAAGUUAAAAUCAACUUUUGCUUUCUUUCGUAAGACUUUCGGGCCCCACAGAAUUCAACGCUGCUUUGAAGAAAAGGCCAGACAUCUACAGGGCCACCGAAAACGAGGAAAAGCAACAAGUUAAGCAGUUUCGAAACCAGCAAACACGCAUACAUAUGUAGAAAAGGAAUAGUGAAGAAAUCAAACUCCAAUAGCGACGACAGACAUAAUUUCAAAAAAACAUAAUACAAAACAGGCUACGAAAUGCAAAUCCUUAAAUCGAAUGCUAUGUCCUGAUCGUACCCUUUGUUGUGUUGACCAGUGGAAAAAAGCGACUUUAACAGGAUUACAAGCUCUAGUGGUAUUCCACGAGGUUGUUGCUUGUGAAAAACGAAACGACAAAAAACCUUUUAGACAAACGCCUUAACAAGCAAAACACCAAAGUGUACACAGGCAGUUUUCAAGGGCUUUACGAAGCCAAAAGUACGCAGAUUCCGGAUAUUAGUCGUUCCUGCAGAACACAAAAGUUCGAAUCAUGAUGUCGCAUCACUUCAAUUCGAUGCUUGAACAUUUGCGAAUUGGUUCGCUUCGAAAGGCUAAGUCAACUGAAACUGAAAAUUCAGAAACAGCAGAGUCGAAACGUCCCCCACCGGAGGGCGAGGACCCUAGACACAGGGAGGCUGGCAUUGUCGAGAAUGCUAAUGCGGAAUCCGGGCGUCGCGUCAGUGAUUUGAAUCGGUUGCCAAACGGUAUGAUUUUGAGCGAAGGUGGAAGUCCUCGAACCGGCUCUCCACGGAAUUCCAUCCCUGCCCUUGACUCUGAGCCAUACCGAAACCAUACUGGAAUCGAUGUAUGCCCUCCGUUGGGUUCAUUGAAGAAAUCCCAAGCUUGCGAACCCAAAUAUAAACAACAGGAGAAAAAGCGUUUGAGCAUAUGCGUUCCUAACGGGCAAAUUCGUAGUGAAAAUUCAAAUGGAGUGACGGGUUCCUCGAUGGGGGGAGCAGGAACUAUUCCGAUUGUUACUGCAACUUCCGCAUCCCCGAACUCAACAGGCCAUCAUCGAUCUCGUGAACUAUCCCCGACACCACGUAAUCAACAACGUAAAUUCUCACAGGAUAUUCGCUCGCGGGCGGGCAGCUUUGUUAAUAUGGAUGAGGACGGACGUAGUGCUUUGAUUCGGAAACCAGCGAAACUGAAAAAUGUUAGCACAAAAGCUGAAUCCUACGAUACGCUUCAUACUAAAGGACGUGAUGUUCUACAAUGUGCUCGUAAUACAUGUCUAGGGAGCACAGUGCAUUUUACUGUAGCGAGUGCGGAACCGAGAAAAGCGGACGCUGUAUUGGAUCACGCCAAGGAUUUUUUAGAUCAAUACUUCACAUCAAUUAAACGACAUGCAUCACCUGCUCACGAGGCUCGCUGGCAACAAGUCCAAAAGGAGAUCGAGUCAACGGGCAGCUAUCACCUAACCGAAACAGAAUUGAUUUAUGGCGCAAAGCUGGCAUGGAGAAACUCCUCCAGAUGUAUUGGGAGGAUUCAGUGGUCAAAGCUUCAGGUAUUUGAUUGCCGAUAUGUAACUACAACGAGUGGAAUGUUUGAGGCAAUUUGCAACCACAUCAAAUAUGCCACAAAUCGGGGCAACCUCAGGUCAGCCAUUACGAUAUUCCCGCAACGAACAGAUGGACGCCACGACUACCGAAUUUGGAACAGUCAACUGAUUUCGUAUGCUGGCUACAGAAAUCCAGACGGAACAAUUCUCGGUGAUCCACUGAAUGUGGAAUUCACAGAGGUCUGCAUCAAACUAGGAUGGAAAAGCAAAAGGACUGCUUGGGAUAUUUUGCCUCUUGUUGUGUCGGCCAAUGGGCAUGAUCCGGAUUAUUUCGAUUAUCCACCAGAGCUUAUAGUUGAAGUUCCAUUACAUCAUCCCACAUAUCAAUGGUUUGCAGACAUGAAUCUCAGGUGGUAUGCUUUGCCGGCCGUCUCCAAUAUGCUGUUCGAUUGCGGAGGCAUUCAAUUUACGGCCACGUCGUUCAGUGGCUGGUAUAUGUCAACGGAAAUUGGCUGUCGGAAUCUCUGUGAUACGAAUCGUAGGAAUAUCCUUGAGGCCGUAGCACUCAAAAUGGAUUUGGAUACCCGCACACCAACCUCUCUAUGGAAAGAUAAGGCCUUGGUUGAAGUUAACAUUGCCGUUUUACACUCGUUUCAAAGUAAAAACGUUACAAUCGUAGAUCAUCACACAGCCAGCGAAAGUUUUAUGAAACAUUUUGAGAACGAAUCGAAACUCAGAAAUGGUUGUCCAGCCGACUGGAUAUGGAUUGUUCCACCCCUGUCAAGUUCAAUUACUCCAGUAUUUCACCAGGAAAUGGCACUAUACUAUCUCAAACCUUCAUUCGAGUACCAGGAUCCGGCUUGGAAAACUCACGUUUGGAAAAAAGGAAGGGAUCAGGGUAAAAGUAAAAAACCGCGAAGGAAGUUCCAUUUCAAACAGAUUGCGAGGGCUGUGAAAUUUACAUCGAAAUUAUUUGGACGUGCUCUUUCCCGAAGGAUAAAAGCUACUGUUUUGUACGCGACGGAGACCGGAAAGUCUGAACAAUAUGCUAAACAGCUGGGUGAACUUCUAGGACAUGCAUUUAACGCUCAGGUAUACUGUAUGUCGGAUUAUGACAUCUCAUCGAUUGAACACGAAGCACUUCUCCUUGUGGUUGCAUCGACUUUUGGAAAUGGAGAUCCACCGGAGAAUGGAGAGGUAUUCGCACAGGACUUGUACGCCAUACGACUACAAGAGAGUGGGGAGAAUAUUAAUGGGGGCAAUACGAGCGUUACCAUGGGAUCAUCUAAGUCCUUCAUGAAAGCCAACUCAAGACAGGAUUUCUCGAAAAUUGCAUUUCAGCAAGUAAAGAAAAUUGACCGCUUGGAUUCGUUACGUGGCUCAACUUCUGAGACGUUGACUGAAGAAACAUUUGGACCACUUUCAAACGUACGAUACGUUUCUGAAGGUUGCAUUAAAAGGCUUCUGGGAAUACCGACUCCAUUGAGAUUUGCAGUUUUCGCCUUGGGAUCAUCUGCUUAUCCUAACUUUUGUGCAUUUGGAAAAUAUGUGGAUAAUAUACUUGGUGAGUUGGGUGGUGAACGACUUUUAAAAUUGUCCUUUGGAGACGAAAUGUGCGGCCAGGAACAAGCCUUUCGAAAGUGGGCACCAGAAGUGUUUAAGGUCGCCUGUGAAACAUUUUGUCUUGACCCCGAUGAGACAUUCUCGGACGCAUCGUUCGCGCUUCAAAAUGAAUCGUUAACACUGAACACAGUACGUUUGAUAUCGUUCAAGGAAACUGCUCCUAUUGAGCAGCUUCUUAGCAAAUUCCACAACAAAAAUGUCGCCAAGUAUCAUUUGAAAAGGAAACCUGUUAACUUGCAUGGUGAGAAUAGCACUGCCCGAGCAACGAUACGUGUGGAAAUUAUAGCUCCUGGUGUCAAUUAUGAACCUGGUGACCAUGUGGGAAUUUUCCCAGCAAAUCGAAAAGACAUUGUGGAUGGAAUACUCAAGCGACUGACAGGAGUAGACGAUCCUGAUGAAAUAUCACAAUUACAGAUACUGAAGGAAACACAUACGUCGAACGGAAUCUUCAAAUCUUGGGAACCUCAUGAAAAGAUUCCAACGUGUUCGAUCCGAACUCUCUUGACGCGCUUCUUUGAUAUCACGACCCCACCUUCAAGACAACUUUUAACUCUCUUCGGAACUUAUUGCGAAGACAAGGUAGACGCCGAAAGAAUUAACAUUCUGGUAAACGAAUCAUCGGCUUAUGAGGAUUGGCGACACUGGAAAAUUCCCCAUCUUUUAGACGUACUUGAAGAGUUUCCCUCAUGCAAACCACCGGCUUCCUUACUUUUAGCUCACCUUACACCGCUUCAACCAAGAUUUUAUUCAAUAUCAUCCUCACUUAAAAAAUAUCGUGACGGUGUCCACCUUACUGUCGCAGUGGUAAAAUAUAAGGUGGAAGACGGAGACGGAGCCGAACAUUUUGGGGUAUGCUCAAAUUACCUCGAGGGACUCGAUGAAGGCGAGGAAAUCUAUAUGUUCAUCCGUAGUGCUCCUAGCUUCCAUAUGCCUAACGACAAUACAAAGCCGGUCAUCCUCAUAGGACCAGGGACCGGAAUCGCCCCAUUCAGAUCAUUCUGGCAGGAUUGGGAAAUGAAAGCACUGGAAGAAAGUGAUAACAAGCGUAUGCCAAAAGUUUGGCUAUUCUUCGGCUGUCGGACGAAGGAGCUGGAUUUGUAUCGCGAAGAAAAAGACAACAUGGUUAAAGUGGGGAUCCUGGAUCGAGUAUUUUUGGCACUUUCGCGAGAGAAAGACAUUCCAAAGACAUACGUUCAGGACUUGGCUGUACGUGAAUCGGAAGCACUUUAUGAAAUUGUUGUUUUGGAGAAAGGUCACGUGUACGUAUGCGGAGAUGUUACAAUGGCUGAGCACGUCUACCAGACGAUAAGGAAAAUCAUUGCUAAAAAGGAGGAUAAAUCGGAAGCGGAAGUUGAAAAGUAUAUGCUAUCGAUGAGGGACGAAAAUCGAUAUCAUGAGGACAUUUUCGGCAUCACCUUAAGAACAGCAGAAAUCCACAAUAAAUCACGGGCUACAGCUCGAAUUCGCAUGGCAUCACAGCCGUAAGAAAGCACUGUCAGAGAGAAUGCAACAAUUUGCUAUAUAUAGAAAGGUAGGUAAAUGCUGAUAGUAGUGACAGAUGGUGCUACGGUUAAGACAAUGAUGAAGGUGAUAGUGACAAUGAAGAUAACGAUCCUGCUGUCAACAACAACGACAAAAAAACGAAAGUUUAUUACUUGCGGAGUGAAUAGUUUGUAACGAGAUAAGUUCUAGGAAUGUAGCAGAUGAAGACAAAAGAUGUAGCACCAAACUUCUCAAAUGAAUACAAUAAAUGAUUUUGUGGACAAUAUUAUGUGUAUCGUAGCAACUGUAUUUGUUUGUACAUUUUCACCUCUGCUGGUAACCGACUGACUAUCCUUUUUCAACUUCAAUUUCAUUGAUUAAAGUAAAUUAACAAAAAUGCGCCGAUUCAGUUUCGUUAACAUUUUAAAUCUGUUCUAUAUAGUAGACUGUACAUUUCACCUUUUCAGUAGCCCGAUUUUCUACUACCCACAACUUGUAUAUCAAAUAAAAUACUAUCAACUUCACUUCCUCCUCUAAACGAAAUUCCAUCGUAAAAUAAGAUAAAAAAAACGAAAAGAAUUACCUUAAACAAAAUCAAAAUUAAAAAAAAAAACUAUAAAUUAUUCCUUGGAGCUUUUUGUAUAUAUAAGUAUCUUUCCAUUUUAAACAAACUAAAGCAAUAAUAUAUUUUGAACUAAAGCCUUUUACAUUGAAUAAGGUAAAACCGUUUAAUUCUUAUGUUGUCAAUUAACUUUUAGCCUAAAUCUUUAAUUUCCUCUACUAUUGCUUUGUAUAAUUUAUUAAUGUAAAGCUUCAAGCUAUCUUUUCUAAAGCUGACAAAUUUGGUGCACAAUUUUCAAACUGUUUUGCACAAUUUUGAAAACAGUUACAUUGUUAACAAAGGGUAAUAUAAUUUAAUCAUAGAUAUCUCCUUGUGCACUUAGCAGAAUAGUCAUUUAAAUAUAAAUCAUAUAUAAUCAUGUUGAAUAAUUCAUCUCAGAACUUUUAUUAUAAAAUUUUACAUAUCGAAAGCAAUUAUAAAAAUUCAAAAAUCACCUCAGAACUUACGCCUAAACAAAAAUUAACAGAGCUCAAAACUCCAAUUCAAAAUCAUAGAAACUUUGUCCCCUUAAGAAACUCAAUCAUUCUGUAAAGAUUUUGUAAAUAUGUACAAAGAUGACUGAAGAACUUUUCUAAAAUUGUAAAUUACCUUGAAGAAAGCCUAACUAACUUUUCUCAGAACAAUUCAAAUCAAAAACACUCUUAGAUAAUUGUUUUCGAACAAUCACUUUUAACGUUCACUUCUGACGCUACUUUAAAUAGAACAACUUUACUCAAAACUUUCCGAGUUUUUCAAAAGAAAUUAGCAAAAAUUUAAUUCUUAAACAAAUAAAUAAACAUCCAAAAACCAAAAUUUUCAAAUAGACGGAAGCUAAAUUUUCUCUAAUAAUAUUGUAAAAUAUUGUAUACUUUAUUGGUAUUUUAUGAUUCAUUGAAUUAAC